AAGUCUCUGUCUCAACUUUCUUGCAAGUGAACUUCGAGGUUCAGAUAUCCGACGGCUGACACUCCGAUGAGAACUCACACUCCACCGCCAUCCAAAACCCCUCAAUCCCAACCUGAAGACGACCCUGACUCAGUCAUCCGCCCUCCCCUCACCCCCGUUCCCGGCCACCGCAAGAAAGGGACGAAAGGGACGAAAGGGACUGGGAUCAGGCCAUGGUUGUUGCUGGAUUCGACCGGUCAACCCCAGGUGGUGGAGGCGGGAAAGCACGCAAUCAUGCGCCGCACGGGUCUUCCCGCCCGUGAUCUUCGGAUACUCGACCCACUUCUCUCGUACCCUUCAACGAUUCUGGGUCGAGAGAAGGCAAUCGUGAUCAAUUUAGAGCAUAUAAAGGCAAUCAUCACUGCGCAGGAGGUCUUGCUGUUGAAUUCUAAAGACCCUUCUGUUGCACCCUUUGUUGAGGAAUUGCAGAGACGGCUUCAGUGUCAUCAUCAUGCCACCAAAGCCCAGGAAGCCAAUGCUGAUGAUUCGGGCUGGGAGAGUUUAUGUAGGCAUGAACAACAAUCAAGGGCAACUAGCCCUCAAAAUUCUUGUGGAAGUUCUCCACGGUUUCAGAGUCAAGAUAAGGAAGGUAAGGCAAAUGAGAAACAGGAUCUAGGGAAUCGAGAUGGAUCAAAGGUGCUUCCCUUUGAAUUUGUUGCAUUGGAGGCUUGCCUCGAGGCUGCUUGUAGCUGCUUGGAUAGUGAAGCAAAAACAUUGGAGCAGGAGACUCACCCUGCCUUAGAUAAAUUGACUUCAAAAGUUAGUACCCUCAAUUUAGAGCGCGUACGCCAAAUCAAAAGCCGCCUGGUUGCAAUUACUGGACGUGUUCAGAAGGUAAGGGAUGAAUUGGAACACCUGCUAGAUGAUGAUGAUGAUAUGGCUGAGAUGUACCUAACUGAGAAGCUGGCUCAACAACUUGAAAAUUCUUCCACCUCCUCUAUGAAUGAGGAAGAAGAUGUGGACAAUGAAGUUCAUCAGUCAGACAUGGGUGACAGGACUCCUGCUGAAAUUUCUUUGGCAGCUGGUUAUGAAGGUGAGCUUCUUGGGAAGGACAGCCAUGUGAGCCAUACUAGCACCACUCGAAGUGCUAUAAGUAAGGAGCUUGAUGUAGAAGAGCUUGAAAUGCUCUUAGAAGCAUACUUCGUUCAAAUUGAUGGCACAUUGAACAAGUUAUCUACGCUGAGGGAGUAUGUCGAUGACACAGAGGAUUACAUUAACAUAAUGCUGGAUGAUAAACAAAACCAUCUCCUGCAGAUGGGGGUCAUGUUGAGCACAGCGACACUUGUACUGAGUAGUUUUAUUGUGGUGGCUGGUAUUUUCGGCAUGAAUAUCCAUAUUGACAUCUUCGAUCAAAACAGUGCAGGAAUGUCACACUUUAUGUGGACUGUCGGGGGAAGUACUGCUGGCUCCAUAUUCCUCUAUGUGUGUGCUAUUGCCUAUUACAAGAAAAGGCACUUGAUAGAGUAAUUAAGACUAUCUAGAUCUAUUAUCUUCUGAAGACAAGUAAAACUGUAACCAUCAAACGCUACAUUUUACAUUGUGCUACAUUCUUACUGUCAAAUAUAUUGUACCCGUUAAAUCUGUCCUGUUGUAAACCUUCUAUGUUGCAACUAUAUUGAUACACGGGUUUACCGGUUGAUAAAGCAAAAGCCAUUGC